AUGAAGAGGAGGAAGAGCCCACGGUCGCUGCUGCUCUGCUGCGCGGCGAUUGUGGUGGUCGCGCUUCUCUCCCAACAAGGAGGCCAGGCAGCUUAUUACGUGCCGUCGCCGGGGCCAGCUCUGGCACCGGCCGGCUCCUCCGCGAUGAACUCCUCCACUGCUCCUCCGCCAGCCAAGCCCAACGCGUUCCCACUCCCAAUGUACGGUGUCACCCCUGGCAGCCUCCAGCCCCAAGAGUGCGGCGGCCGGUGCGCGGCGCGGUGCUCGGGGACGGCGUACCGGAAGCCGUGCCUCUUCUUCUGCCGGAAGUGCUGCGCGGCGUGCCUGUGCGUGCCGGCGGGCACCUACGGCAACAAGAACACCUGCCCCUGCUACAACAACUGGAAGACCAAGAGGGGAGGCCCCAAGUGCCCCUAG